AUGAGGACGAAAAAAUCCGGUGGAAGUAAGAGAAGAAAAAAAGAGCAAGAUGUAGGAGGCGAGUCGGACGAAAGCUUCAUCGACAGUGUGGAGGAGGAGGAGCUGGCAGAAGCAGAAGGUGAAGAAGACGUGGUAGACGCGGAAGAGGAAGAAGACGGUGAAGAGGGGGACGAGGAUGACGUGGAAGACGGAGAAGAAGACGAAGAAAAAGAAGAGGGCGAAGAGGAGGAAGAAAACGAAGAGGAGGAAGAAGACGAAGAAGAUGAAGAGAACGAAGAGGAGGAAGAGGACGAAGACUACGAACUGAAAAAUUACGGCAUAGCACUUGAAAUGCCUAAGCGAAAGAACAGAGGAAAAAACCUGAAAAAACUCAUUGGGGAAGACUUAGAAAAAGAUGAAAAAUUCUGGAAUGAUAGCAUUUGGGAGGAAGAAGAAGUAGAUGAGGAGUACGUAAAUUCGGAAGGGGAAGAAGAAUACAUAGAUGUAACUGAUUCCGAUUUUGACGAUGAUGAGGAUGAGGUGGAUGAUGAUGACGAAGAAGAAGCUGAGAGAAAUGAAAGGGAACUAGAUGAUGAAGAGGUAAAACGGAAAAAGAAAAAAAUGUUUUCCUAUUUAGAAAAAUUAAAAAAACAAACGCAUAAUCGUGCAUUAAGGCAUAAGCUAAUGAAGAAGGCGAAGCAUUACGGGAGCAAAGUGCUUGGUGGGAAAUAUGGGGCUCCUCUCCACGGUGUGGAACACAAAUCAGGAAAGAAAAAAAAGGGAGAGGGUCAGGAAGAAGCGGCAGAGGCGCUAAAAAUGGAAGGGUUGGUGAAGAAACAAAAAAAAGUUGACAGCUCCUGUAUGGUGUUGAAUAGAUCCACUAGAGACACAACAAGACAGAAAACGGAGCAAAUACAAAAGCUCUCCGAAUUGAGAAGAAUUAAAAAGGAAAAUCGUUUUAAAAAAAUUUACGAAAAUAAAAAAAAACAAAAAAGUAUGCAAAGAGAAAUGACAAGGGAGGAACGAUUAGAAGAAGCAAAAAUAACCGAGCAGUACAAUUUGCAAUCCCUGUUACAGUUACAAGCCUGGGAAGAAGAGAAAAAAAAAUAUAUUGAAAAUAAGAGAACUAUUUAUCAUAGACCGAAAAAUGAUAAAACAUUUCCAUCGAGCGAAAAUUUGAAAUAUGAACUCGAUUCAUAUUAUGUGCAAGACCCAGCACAAAUGGCCAAUGGCACUCUAACUGGAAGUUUCCUAAACCCCCCCUAUAGUAAUACAAGCAUGGCGCAAAAUUGCGUAAACUACGACAAUGGUGUUGUAGAAAGUAAUAGGGAUGUGGACCAAGUUGAUUCAGCAUUCCGAGUAGGAGGCGCAAUUGUUAAGGAUGAAAAUAGCGCGCUCAAUGGGGAAGAAGUGCCUGAUGAUGUGAGCGAUGGGAACAUAAAAAGAAAAAAAAGUGAAAAUGAUCAGGUGUCAAAAGAAAGCGAAAACGAUGGUGAUGCGGAUAGCAAAACAAAAAUGGAGAAGUCAAAACCUAUGCAACCGAUCCAGUUGCACAAUUUGGAAAACCUGGAUAAUCUGGAUCAGUGCGAAGAUUUACACAUAGAAUAUUUAAACGAAAAUGAUGAAAUAAAUUUUGGAACGCACACAAAGGAUAAUAGCAAAACGGUAGAUGAUAAUGUUACAAGGGUAAUAAAAAAGAGAAAACAAAUUAAAACGGACAGGGAGGAGAGACAAAUAUAUAUUGUCACCGAUUCGAACGAGCUAAAUGUGUACAGCAAUUAUAACAAUUGUAAGGAAUAUCUGGAAGGAGUGAGAAAUAAAAAUAACCUAUGUGCAAUCACCAAUUUGGAGGGCAAAUAUUUUGACCCCCUAACAAAAAAAUAUUAUAAUAAUGCAGAAGCGUUUAAAUUGCUACGAUUUUAUCAUCACCAAAAGACGUAUGACAAUAUCAACGAGCAGAUAUCAAUGAUGGUUGAACUUUUUACGAAAAAGUUAACAGAAAUAGAGGAAAAUACAAAAAAUGGCGUGUUUGAUAAUGUUUAG